UGAUGAUGUAGAUCAUCGUUCUUCGCACACCAAUAUUGCCCAGGCUAGCUCCGUCCCCUUUGCACCACCGCAGAUGCCAGUCUCUGCAUCCAUGCCGUGGCUCGGUAGUGGUCAGACCAGUAUGGGAGCCAGUGUGAUUAUGAAGAGGAAUCUAAACAAUGUGAAGAGAAUGACAUCCCAUCCCAUAUAUCAGUACUACAUGACUGGGGCUCAGGAUGGUAGCGUGAGGAUGUUUGAAUGGAACAGACCUCAGCAACUCAUUUGCUUCAGACAAGCAGGCAACGCUCGAGUCACCCGUCUCUAUUUCAACUCCCAGGGCAAUAAGUGUGGAGUCGCUGAUGGAGAGGGCUUCCUCAGUCUCUGGCAGGUUAACCAGACAUCGUCCAACCCCAAACCGUACCUGAGUUGGCAAUGCCACACUAAGACCUGCGGGGAUUUCGCUUUCAUCACAUCCUCCAGUCUCAUCGCCACGGCCGGGCAGUCCAAUGAUAACAGAAAUGUUUGCCUGUGGGACACUCUGAUUUCACCUAACAAUACUAUGGUGCAUGCUUUUCCCUGCCAUGAGAACGGGGCCACUGUGCUUCAGUAUGCUCCUAAACAGCAGCUGCUGAUUACUGGAGGCAGAAAAGGCUUUGUGUGCGUGUUUGACAUCCGACAGCGGCAGCUGCUCCACACUUUCCAGGCCCAUGAUUCAGCCAUCAAGGCCCUCGCAUUGGAUGCCUUUGAGGACUUCUUCGUCACUGGCUCUGCAGAGGGCAACAUGAAGGUGUGGAAGCUAGCCGGCCACGGGCUCAUGCACUCUUUUAGCACAGAGCACGCCAAGCAGUCCAUCUUCCGGAACAUCGGCGCAGGUGUCAUGCAGGUGGAGACGCGACCCGUAAACCGAAUCUUCACCUGCGGAGCAGACGGCACCCUAAAGAUGAGGGUCCUCCCAGACCGCUACAAUAUCCCCAGCAGCUUGGUUGACGCCCUGUAAUGCUUUUUGUAAUUCUGAGGGUCCUAAGAGGAAAGGGUCAGAAAGUGGAGGAAAAAACCAAAAUGCUUCUGUAACACUCUGUAGGCAUUAAUAGAAACGCUGCUGGGGGAAGAGUUAGUCAAAAGAUUACCACGCUGUUGGCAUCUUUCAGCAUGAACGGUGUUCAUGAGUUUACUGUUGGUCGUAUCCAGAACGAUUAAAAACGGAGCUGCAAACAUUUUAUUUUCCCAAAGGCUGAAAACAAAGUUACAAGCAAACGGUAUCAUACUUGAUUUUAAAGCUAGUUUUAUUGUAAUUUUAUCGAAGAAUCUCUACUCUUAGAGUGUGUCCAUAGGGAAGCUAUGCAUGUCCUGUUCUCGUUAUGCGGUGCAAUCACAGGUCUAUUGAUAGUGCUCUGUAAAAGUGCUCAAGCAAAAAUUUUAAAAGUGUGUAACUGUCGUCAUUUUGUGCCCACAGCUGAAAUCUCUUAGCAUCUACUGUAACCAGCACUGUGGUUUGUUAUUAAGUCAGUGGUUUCCAGUGUGAAUCGAGUUGUUGGAAUCUGCAUUUUGUUUCAAUGGUUUUUGCCCCCCACCCUCCUGCCUUUUAUUUGCCCAGCUUUCUCAGCUCCGUGGAAGAGUUGAUGGUGCAUUUGCUCCUGAUAGUGACACCUGUCUGUAUCCCCCCCCCUUCUUUUUUUCCACUGGCUGCCCAUCACUCACUUGGCCUAUAAUGGUUCGGGUUCAGCCCGCUCCAGUUUGGCCCUCUGCGUGCGUGUUCACUCUGCUGUGUCUGCCAUCUGUACGUCUGCGCGCCCACCUGCCCUCAAAUGCCUGUUUGUGUGGCAGACUCACUGCUAGAACAUUCCUGUUUGGAAGAUGGUGUGUUUUACUCCUGUGACUGUGAUUUCAGUGUUUCCAUCUGUCUGGUAAAACGCUAAAGAUCCACCCACCCACUCACCCCAGAGCAGAAACACAAAGGUUCACUUCUGGUUUUAUCACAAAGAUUUCUUUUUUUUUUUUUUUAAUUGAGUUGAUUUUCUUAUUUAAGUUAUUUAUGUUUGUGUUCAUUUGGUUGACCAUUCCUUUGUAAAACUAUUUAACUUAUUGCCUUUUAUUUUAGGAAUGUAAGGGGUUUUACUGUAAUCUGACUGGGAGAUGUGCAACAGUCUACUGUAUGUAAGUGUGUGUUUACCUCACUAGUUGUUUUUACUGUUUCAUCCAUAAGGAAUAGAUAUUUGCACUCAAAUUCUGGAGACACUAAAAGUUUAUUUCAAAUAAAUAGGUUAUUAAAGAGGAAACGAUUAUAUACAAAUGAAUGUCUGGCUUUAUUUGGCCUACUAGUACAACAUUUGAAAUAGUUUUAUUAUAAAUUAUAUAAAUAUAUAUAUAUGAACUAUCACAACAACCUUGUACAAACAUGAAGGCAUUUCUUUAUUUUUGGUUUGUAUCAUACCAGUUGGAUUAGUUGUAACUUUUGUUAAGUGUAUGUAUGGUAUUUAUUAAAGAGAUUUGUGUUUCUCUCCCUCUCUUUCUGCCCUCUGUGUGUACUGUAUGCAUCUUAAGUGUUUCCCUAAUGGUCCCACUGGUGUCGUGUGUGUGUGUCUGUGUGUGCGCGCGUGUUCAUGUGCGUACGUGCACAUCAAACAGUCCAAAAGAAGCCAUUAUUAUGAGUAGAGGCCUAUUAUGGUACUUGAGCCUGAAGGUGUGUAAGAGAACAGGUCAUGAUCAGUUUUACCUUUGUAAAGUGAAUAAAUUCUUUUUAUUUCA